CCUAUCGUCUGCCUGUUCGCUCGCUGCACCGCGCAUCACUAGUAGUCGACUGUUGUAGCGUACGUAGGCUGGCUACUAUCGUUUCUCUUUCUGAGCCAAAGCAAGCGGAGAGGGAAGGUAUCCAUCCACCUGCCACUGAGACACAUCUAAGCAUGGAUGCUCUGAAAUCAGCUGGAAGAGCGAUUAUCAAGAGUCCCGGAGUUCCGCGGCACACAUGGGGCACCUCCAAGCACGAAAAGCUGCCGGAGAACUGGACAGACACCAAGGAGACCCUAUUGGAAGGGAUGGUUUUCCAGGUCAAGUACCUGGGGAUGACUCUGGUGGGACAGCCUAAAGGAGAGGACAUGGCCGCUGCAGCCAUACACAGGAUAGUCUCUACGGCCCGGGCCAGUGCUAAGAAGUUCCGUAAGGUGACCCUGACCAUUUCUCCUAAAGGAAUCAUCCUCACAGACACGGAGACACUGGACCUCAUAGAGAACGUCUCCAUAUACAGAAUCUCUUACUGCACAGCAGAUAAAACUCAGGACAAGGUGUUUGCCUACGUUUCCCAGAGUCAGUUCAGUGAGACACUUGAGUGCCACGCUUUCCUCUGCCACAAGAAGAAGAUCGCCCAGGCUGUGACGCUAACAGUAGCCCAGGCCUUCAAAGUAGCUCUGGACCUGUGGGAGAUUGCUCAGGAAGAUAAAAGUAAGAAGGCCAGGACGUGCUGCUCAUGUUCUGUCAGCGAUGGACAGACAGAGAUGACAAACACACACUGUGUCUCAGACUCAGAGAAGCACCAGCCCCUGGAGAAGGAAGAGAAGCUGAGACGGCCAUUCUUCUCCAUGUCGUUCAGCUCGCCCCGCAACAAACCCACCCGGAAACGACCAAUCAAACACGACUCCUGGGACGUGGAGUACGGCCUCGAUGAUGCGUUCUCAAGCAACAUGGAGGUAGAAGAGACGGACACUGGCAGUGAACCUCUACAGACAGCACUCUCUACCUUUGUCUCCUUUCAUCUCCCUUCCUCCUCCCCUCCUGGCAGUGUCCAGUUCCGGACAGCAGUCUAA